GUAAUUGUGCAGGUCUCAGACAGACACCCUUCAGAGGACGCACUUAAACCUCUCUCUCUCUCUCUCUCUCUCUCUCUCUCUCUGUUAUAAGCAGCUUUCUAUCUAUAUACAGCCAAAGAAGUGGAAGAAAGCCCGAGGAGGGAGAGAGAGCCUUUUCUUUACAUAUACUGGAGCUGAUAAAGAUUUUAUCUUUUGGUGUUUUGGUAAACGACUUCAUUGGAUGGUUAUAAGCUGUGAUCUGACACAGUUUCCUAGGACAGCCUGAGAAACGAUGCCAAACCAGCUAUGGUUUGCACUGCUAAUGAUUUGCAAGAGUGGAAAGAUUUCCCCAAGGGCCUUAAAGUUCUUCUCCUUGAUGAAGACAACAGUUCUGCGGCCGAGAUAAAAUCAAAGCUUGAGGCCAUGGAUUAUAUUGUUACUACGUUUUGCAAUGAAACCGAAGCGUUAUCAGCAUUUUCAAGCAAUCCUCAAAGUUUCCAAGUUGCAAUUGUUGAGGUAAAUGCAAGCAAUGGCCAUGGGGUUUUCCAAUUUCUCGAAACUGCCAAGGACUUGCCAACCAUUAUGACUUCAAACAUUCAUUGCCUGAACACCAUGAUGAAGUGUAUAGCGCUUGGUGCAGUUGAGUUCCUGCGGAAACCACUCUCGGAAGACAAACUUAGGAAUAUUUGGCAGCAUGUUGUUCAUAAGGCAUUCAAUGCAGGAGGGAGUGCCAUCUCUGAAUCACUGAAGCCUGUCAAAGAAUCUGUAGUAUCCAUACUGCAGAUCAAACAGGAAACUGAAGAACAGAAAUGUAAAAUCUCAGUAGAAACAGAAAAUGUUUCCAGGGUUCAUGAAAGUGACCGUGAGCAGUCAGUAGGAAGUGAUAAGUACCCAGCUCCCUCAACCCCACAGCUUAAACAGGGAUCACGAUUACUCGCUGAUGGGGAUUGCCAAGAUCAAAUUAACUGCUUAUCAGAGAAAGAGAGUGGGGAGAAUGACAGUGAAUCUAAAUCAGUCGAAACUACAUGCAGCAAUCCAAUUGAUGAAGGGACAGUUCAAAUGAGUGAACCUCAAAUGGCUCGGAAAACGGUGGUUAAAGAGGAAAAUGACUCGGUUAAAGGCUCUCAGCACCCUCAUAAUAGAAACAGUGGCAAUGAUGUUGGUGGUGCUGCUGAAAAUCUGAGUAAAGCAUCUGCUCCCAAUAAUUCAUGCAAGUCUAAUCGGAAGAAGAUGAAGGUAGAUUGGACGCCUGAACUGCACAAGAAAUUUGUGCAGGCAGUGGAACAAUUGGGUGUGGAUCAAGCCAUUCCUUCUCGAAUACUAGAGCUGAUGAAAGCUGAAGGUUUGACAAGGCAUAAUGUAGCAAGCCAUCUCCAGAAAUAUCGCAUGCAUAAGAGACACAUCUUACCCAAGGAAGACGACCGGAGAUUGCCACAUCCUAGAGAUCCAAUUCAAAGGAGUUAUUAUCCUCAGAAUCAGAAGCCUAUCAUGGCCUUUCCCCCAUAUCAUUAUAAUAAUUCCUUAUCCAUGGCACCAGUCUAUCCUAUGUGGGGACAACCUGGCAGUCAACCAGCUGGUGUCCAGAUGUGGGGUUCACCUGGCUAUCCCCAGUGGCAACCAUCAGAAAGUUGGCAUUGGAAGCCUUAUCAAGGGAUGCAAGCUGAUGCAUGGGGUUGUCCUGUAAUGCCACCUCUGCAAGGUGGUUAUCCCUCUUAUCCUCAACAUGCAGCAGGUUUUCACGCCGGUGUAGUUGAUAAUGGGUGCAGCAUGCAACAUAAUUCGUUUGACCUUCAUCCGGCAGAAGAGGUAGUUGACAAGGUUGUGAAGGAGGCAAUAAGCAAGCCAUGGCUACCCCUUCCUUUGGGCCUUAAGCCUCCUUCCACUGAAGGUGUACUAGAUGAGCUAUCAAGGCAAGGCAUCUGCAACAUCCCUCCGCACAUCAACCGCUCUAGCACCCGCUGACGUGGACCGGGUCCCAUAACGAUCACAAGGCUAGUAUGGUCCUCAGGCAAUAAAGUCUCCAUAAUGUUUGUCAAAUAUUGCAUGUGUUAAGACACUUGAUUGGUGAGGACCAGCUGUCUAUUGUGGUCUCGGAGCUACCAGAUCUUCAUGUGCUUGCUGCCCAUCAUCCCAACUCAAAAACCACUAGUCAAGAAACUCUAGUCAGAUGUAGGCACAUUGAAAUAAGCAAACUUUGAUCAUAUUCUCCACAGUGAACAAAAAAAGUCAAAAAGUCAUUUUCAGACUUUUGACAAUUGGAUUGGGAUGGCCAAGGAUUAGCCACGUUUGUGAAUCAGCCUCAUGUGAAAAUUCUGAUUGUAAAUAGUUCCAAACACAAAAAGUCCUACUGGGGUUUGUAACUUUUUAUCUGAUAGAGGGUCUUGUGAAGUUGUGAUCCUUUGUGAGGUCCCUUUUGGUGCUGUUGGGUGGGUCCUACU